CUUCUUAUUAUCCAUCUCGGCCUUCGAUUUCCUCGAUGAAAAAAUCCUUUAUUUCACUCCACACCACAGACGACAGACUGUUCCUAUACAUUCUAGUUUUCUAGCAAACUAUAUCUCUCUAUUAAAGCUCCAUUAUUACAUUUACUGCCAUUUACUGCUGCUACUCAUUAUGUUUAACACAAGCUUCAUUCGAUAAGGCAGCAAAACAGUAAAUACUUGAAUAACACAGAAUUGUGCAUCAAGUUUUACAUCUUUUUUUUUCUUCUUCCAUUUUGACAUAAAUUUCGGGAGGGAGGGAGGGAGGGAAGGGGGAAGGCAGAGAACAAGAAAGGGGAGGGGACCAGCGAACAAUAGAGGGAGGGUGGUAGUUUUUAGAAUUGGCUAUAUAAUGCCAAUUAUUUAGGGCUAUCUUUGCCAAAACCUAAUAUAAGGCUAAAAAAUUGUCAAUUCCCCUUCUGUGUUGUCAUCGGGUGUCAUUUUUUCUUAAUUUAUUGGACUAAUGAAACCUUUCCCUAACCUUUUAUUGGGCUCGGUAAAUGGCCCAAUAAACCACUUACCCAAAGCUAGCCCAGCUUAUUUAAGCACCUCAUACAUAACCAGAACAACAGUUCCCGCUGAGUUUGAACUCUUCUUCUUCUUCGCUUUAUCAUUUUCAUCUGCUGCUAAAGAAGAAAAAGAAAACCCAGAGACGACUCUUCUCUUAUGAAGAUGUUCAAAGCCAUAGCUCUUUUUGGGUUCAAGAAAUCGUCAAAACCAUUCAAAGAUUAUUACAGUAAAUGGUUCAAGACGCUCAAGAACGUUCACCUCCCUCAGCUCCGUCACGCCAUGUCAUCAUCCUCCACGGCGGGGCCCAUUCUCUUAGCUUCCCACGUUGAGGUCAUGCACCGUCACUUCCUUAAUUACUAUGAAGCCCUCGACCUCGCCGCCGCAAACGACGUCGCUCAGGUCCUUUUUCCCGACUGGCGUAACCCUUUAGAGAAACCCUUCCUCUGGCUCGGUGACCUUCACCCUUAUCUCUUCAUAAAUCUCCUCCGUUCAUUUCUUAAUGACUCCGAAUCCGAAUCCGAGCCCGAAUUCGACCCGGAAAUAUUCGACAAGCAACAAAAUUGGCACGUGGUAAUGGCAUGGAAGAGCCCUAGUAAGAAAUUAACGACACGUGUCGAUCAGAUUGAGUGUGGUUUAAGGCUAAUGGUACCUGCAUUGGUGGCGCGUGCACGAGACGCGCAGGCGGCGUUUGUGGAGAAAGUGGCGGUUGAAUGGGGGAGGUUUGAAGGGAAAAAAGAGGAGAUGAAAGGGGUUGUGGCGGAAGCUGCGGCGGCGGAGAUGGAGGAGUUAGUGGGUGUUUUUGUGGACGCGAAUAGGCUGCGGAGGAGCGUGCUUUCCGAUAUACUGAGCGUGACGGACGUGUAUCAGGCGGCGGUUUUUCUUGAAGGGCUAGCUCAAUUCCUUGUUGGGUUACGGAAUCGUGAAUUAGUCCGUCAAUUUGAGAAGUGUUGUUUGGAAUUAUAGUUCCAUUUCUGGGGAUUGCUGAAGUCAGUGCAUAGAUAUUACAUUACCUCUUUGGUUAAUUAGUUAUUUUGUGCACUGCUCUAACUUAAGCCAAUAAUCAUGAUUAAUUUCUACUAAUAGUAGUUAAGUAAAUUUAGAGCACUAAAGAUUCUGGUUGUGUAUGUGGGAAGAUAAGACUGCAAUAUUCAUUUGAUUUUGUUUCAUGUUGCUUGUAAUUUGUUGUUAUUUUUUCCUUUUGUUAUUCAAAGUUACAUUGUUGAACUGAA